AAUGUACACAAAUAUACAAAUGUAUAUAAUACAUUAUAUUGUUCAGUGUCUAGCUUUUUGUACAAUUCUAAUUGUAAGUAUGUACAUAACGUUCGUUCAUAAAAUCUCUAUUGAUGUUAAAUCUAUUUAAUACUUUAUUCGUGAUAACGCCAUGUUUAUUCAUGAGACACGUCUUCAAAAAUGAAAGAACAUAAGUUUGAUGCACGAAUCUCAUACUAGAAAAUUAAUAAACUUUCAAAUGAUUAUUCCAUUGAACUGAACGGUCGUCAAAAUAAAAAAAGAUUAAAUAAAUAAAAAAGUGAAAUAGUAGAAAGAAAUAGUGGAUGGCAAAAUCGAAAUGUGGCUACAGAAUUGACACGUCAUUGGUAAUACACCAAUCAGUAGAAGAAUUUAAAGGGUACUGCCAAUCGUCUUAGUUGGUUACAAAGCCGACCACGGGCAAUCUAUUUUCGAUUUAACAUUCGAAAUGAAGAUGGCUGCCGAGGUGAGGUGGCUUUUAAUUUUUCAAAUAUUUUGUUUAAUUUGUGCGGUCUUCGGCGAGACACCUCAUCGGAAAUUCGAGUAUAAAUACUCGUUUAAGCCACCAUAUCUUGCACAAAAAGAUGGAAGCGUGCCUUUCUGGGAAUACGGAGGAAGUGCAAUUUGGGUGAAACAACCUGUUAUUUUUGAUUGGUGGGAAGUUGAACUUAUAUUCAGAAUAACAGGAAGAGGAAGAAUUGGAGCAGAUGGUUUAGCAUUUUGGUAUACUGCUGCAAAGGGUGCUUACAAUGGUACUGUCUUUGGCAGUUCUGAUCAGUGGAAAGGUCUUGGCAUCUUCUUUGAUUCCUUUGACAAUGACAAUAAACACAAUAACCCUUAUAUCAUGGCAGUCCUCAAUGAAGGCACAGAAACCUUUGAUCAUGCUAAUGAUGGCACAACACAGUUAUCCGCUGGUUGUUUAAGAGACUUCCGCAAUAAACCAUAUGCUACAAGAGCAAAAAUUGAAUAUUAUCAGAACACUUUAACAGUGUUAUUCCAUAAUGGUAUGACAAACAGUGAACAAGAUUAUGAAAUGUGUUUCCGAGUUGAAAAUGUUGGUUUACCAAAAGGAGGAUACUUUGGUGUUUCUGCUGCUACUGGUGGCUUGGCUGAUGAUCAUGAUGUUUCACAUUUCUUAACACAUUCUCUGUAUCCUCCUGGUCAAUUUCGGCCAAAUGGGCAAAAAGUAUCUCUUGAAGAACAACAAAAACUUAGUCAGGAGUAUAUGGAUUAUCAGAAAAAGUUAGAGCAACAAAAAGAAGAAUAUCACAGAGAUCAUCCAAAUGAACAACGCGAAAAAGAAGAAUUUAUGGAAUAUUUCGAAACUGACAAUCAAAGAGAAUUGCGACAAAUUUUCGCUGGUCAAAGUCAAAUGUUUGAUGCUCUGCGCGAACUUAAUAGAAAAUUAGACGAGGUAGUAGGAAGACAAGAAAGAUCUUUAAGUUUAAUAUCUCAACUUCAAGUUGGUGGUGUGCAAGUGGGAGGUCAACCAGGACAACAAGUACAAUUGAUCGACACAAUUCGUCGACAAGAAGUCGAUGCUCUACUAAACAAUCAAAAUAAUAUAUUAAAUACAGCAAGAGAAAUUAAGUCUUUUGUAAAUGAAGUAUACUCCAAAACUGACACUAUUCUUAACAAUCAGGCUCGAACUCCAACCGCUCAGGUGCAGCCGAUGGGAUAUGAUUAUCAUUCGCUUGUUUCGGAAAUGCGAGAUGGACUUAAUACAUUAAAGAGGGAUAUCAGCCAAAUAAAUACUAAAAUAAGCAGCGGAGGAUCAGAUUGUCCAACAAUGAAUUGCUUAACAACAACCAUGUUCUUACUUUUUGUGGCAAUGCAGAUGAUUAUUUUGUUAGCAUACAGCAUGUACCGAGACAAUAAAGAAGCACAGGCAAAAAAGUUAUACUAAUAUUUGUUAUCAAUCCUACAGUGCAAAAGUAAGGAUAUAAAAAUAAAUUUCUACCUUUGCGUACUGACUCAAUAUUUUUAUCAUUUGUUAAUUCGUAAAACAUGCAUUUUUUGCUGAACAUUUGUACAAUAAAUACAUUUUUCAUUCACGAUAGAUUUAAUGCGAUAUAGUAAGGUGCAAUCAGUUCUCCUGAGAUAUAAAAAAAGAAGUAAUUACUUAUGCUCAGCUUUGUAUAAUUCAGUCAUUCUGAAUAUAACUCUCAAUGCGUCAUAUAUUUCUUGUCAUUGUAAACCAUAGACAUAAAUAUACAUAAAGUGACAGAAAGUAGGCGCAGUGAUCUUUAAACUCGACAAAUUUUGUCGUGCUUAGAUGAUGGUUGUGUAUGAUAUAUAUUUUUUUAUUAUUGUUCGUUAGGAAUAUUUCGUGCUAUGAGCACAUCCUUUUUUUUUUAAUUUCAUUUAAAAAAAUAAUUGUUUUUUUUUACAUAUUGAUUUAUUGUAAUGUUAGAAACUAUAUAUAAAUAUUUGUAUACAAAUUUUGUAUUGAAAAUUGGCAUAUCGAGUAUCGAAAGCUGAGACAAUUUUUUCUUAAGAAAUAACAAUAAUUCUUAUCGUUUACGAUGUUUGUCGAUCUGGUACUACAUUCCUUUAGAUGAUUGAGCGUAUAGGUAAGUUUCGCGUUUUUAACGUGAUAGAUACUUAAAAAUAAGGAACGCUGGUAUAACUCUAUCGAAUUCAAAGUGAAAAAACAAUGUCGAACAAUCAUUACAUUUUUGAAGGUCUGUAAUAAAAACACUUUUGUUAAUACAUCCUUUGUAAGUGUAUAUGGUAUAUCGAGUAGCAGCGUAGACAGGAACAAUUUGAAUUAUCCGUGAAUUAUCCUGUCAAUCUUAUUGCAUUUGUAAAAGUUUAUCGAAGAUUGUAAAUGUAUAAUGAAAUAUAUCUAGUAAUAAAAUUACUAAUUUAAAAAAUACGGACUGAAAUUUAAUAAACUUGAAGUUGAAAUUCAAAGGAUAUUGAAAGAAUACUUGCGAGCAUUUGAAGUCGCUUAUCUUCCGAAAUCGAUUAUUUUAAUUCUCGAGAUGACUGUACCUUUGGUCAAUCGAAGUAUGAUAAAAUGAGUAAUGUAAAGUGUGCAACGAUUUUAUUGUGCUUUUUGACGAAUUUUUGAAGAACUGAAUAUGGGUAUGUAAUUUUUGUGUAAAGUUUUAAAACAUACAUUAUAUCAUGUUAAAUUUUGUCAAAUAACUUUUGUAUAAAUAAUUACGUUUUUAUUUCCUUCACAACUAAAAUGUGAUGUUUUAUAUCAUCCAAUCAUCCUAAUCCUAAUAAGAUGAGAUGGUAUUGUUAUUAUAGAAAAUUAAAAUGUUGCAUAUAUUUUGAUGUCUUUGAAUACUAGAAAUUUAGGAACAAAAUUUAUUUGAAACGUAAGUGAUAUGUACAUAUAUAUAUAUAUAUAU